GAUAAUGUUUUCGCAAAAGGAAGCGAAAUCGCUGGGAAGUGACUUGGUUUACACGCAGCAUCUUCUGUUAGGGCUCAUCGCUGAAGAGGAUCGUUCAACCGACGGGUUUCUUGCGUCUGGUAUAACGGUUGAGAAGGCACGUGAUGCCGUCCGAAGUAUAUGGCAGAGGAUUGGUUCCGCACGUGAUGACGCACGUGAUGCUGGCGAGAAAGGUGGUUCGGCGAGUCACGUGCCUUUUUCUAUUAGCGCAAAGCGUGUUUUUGAGGCGGCUGUUGAAUAUUCAAGGUCUCUUGGGCAUAAGUUUGUUGCUCCUGAACAUAUAGCAGUUGCUUUGGUUAAAGUUGAUGAUGGAAGUGCUAGUCGAGUCCUUUAUAGAUUGGGGGCAAAUGGAGGCCAGUUGGCAGCUGUGGCAUUUUCCAGAUUGCAAAAGGAGAUUGCUAAAGAUGGUAGGGAGCCAAAUGCGGAUUCCAAGGGAUUGCAUGACAAAUCCAUGGCAAGAAAACGUUAUGAUGCAGGGUCCUCUGCCGCCACCACCAAAGAACCGGAUGCCAUCUCACAAUUUUGUGCCGAUCUCACUGCUCGUGCGAGUGAAGGACUAAUCGAUCCUGUUAUUGGCCGAGAUACCGAGGUGCAGAGAAUUGUUCAAAUACUGUGCCGGAAAACAAAAUGUAAUCCCAUUCUUCUUGGUGAACCUGGUGUUGGAAAAACAGCUCUUGCCGAAGGGUUGGCAAUUCGCAUUGCUAAGGCAGAUGUUUCCCCAUUUUUAUUGACAAAACGUGUCAUGUCUUUGGAUGUUGCAUUGUUAAUGGCUGGGGCAAAAGAGAGAGGAGAGUUAGAGGAGCGUGUUACAAAUUUAAUAAAAGAGAUAAUAAGUUCAGGUGACAUCAUUCUUUUCAUUGAUGAAGUUCAUACACUUGUUCAGUCCGGGACAAGUGGAAAAGGAAAUAAGGGAUCUGGCCUUGACAUUUCCAAUUUGCUUAAACCUGCACUUGCAAGGGGUCAACUUCAGUGUAUUGCAUCUACCACCGUCGACGAAUACAGGCUUCAUUUUGAGAAAGACAAGGCAUUGGCACGAAGAUUUCAACCUGUUUGGGUUGAUGAGCCAAUUGAGGAUGAUGCAGUUAAGAUACUUAUGGGUCUACGUGAGAAGUACGAGUCACACCACAAAUGCAUAUAUACCGAAGACGCCAUAAAGGCUGCAGUUCAGUUGUCAGCGAGGUACAUAGUCGAUAGGUAUCUACCAGAUAAAGCUAUUGACCUCAUUGAUGAAGCAGGAAGUAGAGCUCAUAUUGAAGCCUUUAAGAAGAGAAAGGAACAAGAAACUUGUGUACUUUCUAAGGACCCUGCUGAUUACUGGCAAGAAAUUAAAGAUGUCCAGUCAAUGCAUGAAAUGGAAAGCAAGCUUAAAUACUACGGCGCCUCAAGCAUUGACGAUUCUAAUGAACUCAUACUGGACUCAUAUUUAGCUUCUGAAGCCAAUGAAAAUGAACCUGUUAUAGUUGGACCAGAAGAAGUAGCCUUAGUUGCUUCCCUCUGGUCGGGAAUUCCUGUUCAGCAGCUCACUGCUGACCAAAGAACUCUUCUGUUAGAUCUUGAGAAUCAGCUUCGGAAACGUGUUAUUGGACAAGAGGAGGCUGUUACUGCCAUUUCUAAAGCUGUGAAGAGAUCCAGGGUUGGCCUUAAGGAUCCUGAUAGACCUAUAGCUGCAAUGUUAUUUUGUGGCCCAACUGGGGUUGGAAAAACAGAACUCGCAAAAUCUUUGGCAGCAUGCUACUUUGGAUCGGAGGCAGCCAUGAUUCGGCUAGACAUGAGUGAAUAUAUGGAGCGGCAUACUGUGAGCAAAUUGAUAGGAUCGCCACCAGGUUAUGUUGGUUAUGGAGAAGGAGGCAUCUUAACUGAAGCUAUUAGAAGAAAACCAUUCACACUGGUACUACUUGAUGAGAUAGAGAAAGCUCAUCCAGAUAUAUUCAACAUUCUUCUUCAGUUGUUAGAAGAUGGCCAACUUACUGAUUCUCAGGGUCGGCGAGUUUCAUUUAAAAAUGCAUUGGUGGUGAUGACUUCAAAUAUAGGGUCUAGUGCCAUUUCUAAGGGUCGGCACAACUCCAUAGGUUUCUUGAUUCAAGAUGACAAGAAGGCAUCAUAUAGUGGCUUGAAAUCGAUGGUAAUGGAAGAAUUGAGAAAUUAUUUUCGUCCGGAACUGCUCAACAGGAUAGAUGAAGUGGUAGUGUUUCAGCCCCUUGAAAAGUCACAGUUGCUGGAGAUAUUGAAUCUGCUGCUGCAAGACAUAAAGAAAAGGGUAAUGCUUCUAGGAAUAGAUUUGAAGGUUUCUGAAGCAGUGAAGGACCUUGUUUGCCAGGAAGGUUAUAAUCCAACAUAUGGUGCCAGGCCUUUGAAGAGGGCCAUUACAUCAAUAAUUGAAGACCCUUUGAGUGAAGCAUUCCUUGUAGGACAGUUCAAGCAAGGUGACACUGUCCUUAUUGACUUGGAUGCAAAUGGUAAACCCUUUGUUACAAAUCAACUUGACAAAAUUAUUAACAUAUCUGACGCAAGUCAUCCCUGAAACUAAAUGAUGUAAAGAAGAAAAGUAGUGCAAUAUAGGGUAUACAAAAAAUACAAGUCUAUUGAAAAAUUGUUUUGGCUCUUCUUUGUUAGCUUAGGCAAGGAAUUUGUUUCCUAUGUAAUGAGCAACACAAUCAUUCUUUGAAAUUUAUACAAGAAUAUACAUACAUAUACUUCCAUACAA